AUGGCCAACUCGCGCUACGAGUACGUGCGCCAGUUUGAGCUGCCGGACCCAGUCCUGCGCAACACGUGGAUCGUCGUGCGCGUCGAUGGCAAAGGCUUCCACAAGUUUACGGACGCCCACGGCUAUGCCAAGCCCAACGACCUCCGUGGCCUGCACCUCAUGAACAAGGCAGCAACCUGCGUGUGCCACGAGUUUGGCGACAUUGUCGUCGCGUACGGCCAGAGCGACGAGUACAGCUUUGUGCUUGCGAAGAGCAGCAGCUUGUACAGCCGCCGGUCGACCAAGCUCGCAUCGACGUUUGUCUCGCUCUUUACGUCGUCCUUUGUCUACUACUGGUCGGCCUUCUUUGGCGACGUGCCGCUGCAGUACCCGCCGGCGUUUGACUCGCGCGUCGUCUGCUACCCGUCCUCCAAGAACUUGCGCGACUAUCUCGCGUGGCGUCAAGUGGACUGCCACAUCAACAACAUGUACAACACGUGCUUUUGGCUGCUGGUGCAGAGCGGCGAGACCAAGCAAGCAGCGGAAGCGACGCUGUGCAAGACGCUCGCCAAAGACAAGCAAGAGCUACUCUUCUCUCGCUUCCAGCUCAACUACAACGACGUCGAGUCGAUCUACAAGCGAGGCUCGUUGGUGCUGCGCCAAGACAAGACGCUCGUCGUUCUUCACGAAGACGUGGUCAAAGACGGCUUUUGGGCUGCACGUCCUGGCUUCCUCACCGAUUAG